AAAGAAUUGAUAUUAUGAAUUCUUAAAUAGCAUAGCGUAAGCAUUAUUUAUAAUUUCAGCUCGACUAUAUUCUAGUAAAGAAUCAAUAUUGGCCUUAAAGGCUCAUUUAUCAGCUAAAUAAGCAAAAUUGCCUAGAAAUUCAACAAUAGAAGAUUAUAUUAUAUAUAUAAAGAAAUUAUCUAAUAGACUAAAGUAAGGUCCUUUAGAUUUUUGGAUUCCUAAUGUGUUUAGAAGAGUAAUUUAAGUAAUACGAUUGAUGAGUUCUGAAUAAGGAUUACUUUAAAUAAAAAAUAAAGAAAAUAAUUUUAAAGAUUUAGCUCAUACAAUAUAAAGAUAAUCAAGCAGAUCUAAAACAACAGUUGAAACAGGUACAGAGACAGGUUCAAAUGAAAUAUAAUAAAAUAUAAUAUUACCUGCAAUUGAAUAAGUUUUAGAAGAGCUUGAGUCUCAUUCAGAUGAUAUCAAUACAUUUGUAAUAAAUAUAAAUAUAUUUAAAGGCAUCAACUCAUUUUUUUACAAAUGAAGUACUUUUAGUUUAUGAAUAUUCAACCACAGUGUUAAACUUUUUAUUAUCAGCUAAAAAGACCAGAAAUUUUGAGAUUAUAGUAUUAGAGAGUGAAACUGAAACAUUAGGAAAAUAGUUUGCUACUGAUUUAGGUAAACAUUAAUUGAAUGUAACAUUAACACCUUUUACUAAUGCAUAUGCUAUAAUGUAAAGAGUAAAUAAAACAUUAUUGGGAGUAGAUGCAAUUCUUAAAAAUGGAGGUUUAUUAAUGCAUCCAGGAACAUAUGCAAUUUGUGUUUUAGCUAAAUAAUUCGCUGUUCCUGUGAUUGUAUUAUCUGGAGCACAUAAAUUGACUCCAAAAUAUGCAUUUGAUUAAACAACAUUUAAUGAACUUGUAUCUCCAUUGAAAAUAAAUUCAAAUUCUUCUGUAGAUUAAAUGAGCAUUGGAGUAUUUUAAUUAUUAUAAUUUUAAUAGAUCACAUUUGACUAUGUACCACCUGAAUAUAUAAGUUUAUAUAUCACUAAUUAAGGUUAAUAUACUCCAUAGAGUAUUUAUUAAUUGUUCAGUGAUUUCUAUGAUGUCAAAGAUGAAGACAUUUGAAUUUGUGAAUAAUAUAUUAUAAUAAAAAUAAA